AGCUGCAUCCCUAUAGGCUCCACUGCGCACCAGCAAGAGUGUACCCACACUCGAGCUCAAAGAACCCGCCGCGGUCUCCGUGGAAACACUCCCCCUCCUGUCGUGAGUGUCGUCGUCGUCGCGCUAUAUUUGACGAUGAAACUCGUAGCGGUGCGCUCGAAAUAAAACCACCGGCGUUCUCGCAGCUUCAUGGGCAAAGAGGACAAGGAGGUGUCGAGCGCCGGAAGUCCGAACUCAAAGACGCCUAACGGAGCGUCCGUGGACCCGGAAUGUCGGAAAAGACACACGGAGCUAUUCGACCAACUGGACUUGAAUAAAGAUGGCAAGGUGGACAUCGGCGAACUGCGAUUUGGACUGGCGGCUCGCGGUUUGCGGCGGGGAGAAGCUGAAGAGGUUUGACUUUCUAUAUCCACAGAUAGUCCUUGAGAGUGACAUCAACCAUGAUGGUUUGUUGGACUUCCAAGAGUUCUCCCAUUACCUGCAGGCUCAGGAGAAGAGGCUGUUGCUCAUGUUCCACGAAUUGGAUCGGAACAAUGAUGGUCAAAUCGAUGUGGAGGAGAUCCAGCAUUCACUGCAUACGCUUGGGGUAGAUGUCACCAAGGAACAGGCUGCCAGAAUACUGCAGAGUAUGGACAAAGAUGGCACCAUGACCAUCGAUUGGAAAGAAUGGCGAGAUCACUUCUUGUUCAAUCCUUUCCACGACAUGGAGGAAAUUGUCCACUACUGGAAACACUCCCAUAUGUUUGACAUUGGGGAACAAUUGACGGUGCCAGAUGAGUUUUCGGAAAAGGAACGACAGUCUGGUCUGGUAUGGAGACAGUUGGUUGCUGGAGCAGUGGCUGGUGCGGUGUCCCGGACAGGAACUGCUCCUUUAGAUCGCCUAAAAGUCUUCCUGCAGGUACAUGGUUCUGCGUCUGGAGGGGCAAAUUUGUGGUCUGGACUAAGAGGGAUGAUCCGAGAAGGUGGUGUCUUCUCUCUCUGGAGGGGAAAUGGCAUCAAUGUUCUCAAGAUUGCUCCAGAAUCUGCAAUUAAAUUUAUGGCCUAUGAACAGAUCAAGUGGCUUAUCCGAGGCAGUAAAGAGGGCGGCAGUUUAAGAGUACAAGAAAGGUUCAUUGCUGGCUCUUUGGCGGGAGUUACUGCCCAAACCAUCAUCUACCCCAUGGAGGUGCUUAAGACUCGCCUCACAUUGAGGACCACUGGGCAAUAUUCAGGUGUGGCUGACUGUGCCAGACGCAUCCUGAAAAAAGAGGGAAUCCGGGCUUUCUAUAAGGGCUACCUGCCAAAUACACUUGGUAUUAUCCCCUACGCUGGCAUCGACCUAGCUGUGUAUGAGACCCUAAAGAAUGCCUGGCUUCAGAGGUACUGUGUGGAUUCUGCCGAUCCAGGCGUUUUGGUCUUACUGGGCUGUGGUACCGUUUCCAGCACCUGUGGCCAGUUGGCUUCGUAUCCCCUCGCUCUAAUUCGAACACGCAUGCAGGCACAAGCCUGCACUGAGGAUAGCCCAAAGAUGACCAUGGUGGGCCAGUUAAAAUAUAUCAUAUCCCAUGAAGGUGUACUUGGUCUGUAUCGCGGCAUUACACCCAAUUUCCUCAAAGUCAUUCCUGCUGUCAGCAUCUCCUAUGUGGUUUAUGAGCACAUGAAGAAAGUCCUUGGCGUGGGUUGCUUAACUAAAACAAGGAACAAGGAAGCCCAGACUACAAGGACAAAGAAAGCACAGACUUAUACACCUAGUGGGACAAAAGAGUCGAGAGCCAAAGAAGGUGACCCACCCUACAGAAACUGAUGGUAAGAAUGUUAGUGGAGCAUGUUUUCCCUUUUUGGAUAUACCAGUGGCAUAUCACUUAGUUGGGGGUUUAUUUGUACAUAUAUUUGUAAUUUAGUAUUUUUUUUGUUUUAGAUUGCUACAUAAUAAAAAAUGAGCAUGGUAUCUCAGCAGUAUAAAAAAGGAAUGUUGGGUUUCUUAAUUCUGCAUUGUGACUCAAACAGGCUGUUUGCAACGUGCUCACAGUUCCAUUUUUCAAACAAAAAAUAUAACUAGAACACCACCGGCAGUUUUAUGUUACCAUUAUUGGUUUAACAAAACAUACCCCAUAUGUUUGUUAAAUGUCUAUAUUUUUCACAAUGACUAAUUUCAUUGAAUUAAUAUAACAACGUAUCGGACCAAGGAAUUAUUUUAGCGUUCAGGCUGUGACUUGUCAAAAUGUGCACACAUACAAAAGUAGUCCAAAAGAAGCAACAAACAAUUUGGAGUCAUGUGGUUGUUGUGAUAGAAUAUACAAAAAUCCAUCCAUUUCUACCGCGUGUCCCUCAUGAGGUAACAGGAGGUGCUGGAGCCUAUCCCAGCUGCACAUGGGUGGAAGGCGGGGACAAUAAUAGCUAAAAUCACAAUUAUUAGCUAACAACACAAAGAGCUAAUGCGUCUGCAAAUGUUGCGUGUGUUGCAACGCGGACCGCAGAGCUGUGACUGGUCAGCUUUUGUCGAGGAAGGUCCAUGAGCACAGGAAAGCAGAGCUUGAAAUGUAGAAAUUAUUGUAUGAGAUAAAACAACAGUGAUUGAACUUUUGCAUCCACUUAAAUAGUAAAUGAUGCAAAAGGUAUUUUGAAUUAUGAAAUGUCGAUUGUAUACUUUGACUUUAUGUUGACAGCUGCUAUAGCUUAUUUACGUUCAUGAAACUAGAAACAGCUCUUUGUGCAUGAUGAAAUGUUUACUUGCCAUAUAUGUACUCUAUUUUCUUACAGAGUAAUUAUAAAGGUUGA